AUGUGGAGGGGUCGUGACCACGCCGGCUUAUUGGGGCCCAAAGGAAGUUACCAAGCCUCACAGGGCCCUGUCGAAUUAGUAGUUAGCGACGUUGAACGAUCUGCAAGGCGGUUCACAUUGUGGUCACUUGCUGGGAAACCCGCCAACACGGUGAGCUUAUUCGCUUCGCUUGCAGCUGGGGCGGACACCUCCGCUUUCAAUGAUCCAAGCGUACCUCUUGCAGGUGUGUGCCAUGAAGAAAGAGGGAAUUCCAUGGAUGACGCCCUUCUUUCUUCCAGAAACCUACGGAGCUACAUUCUUAUCUGGGUACAUUGGCCGGUUAAGCUUAUGGGAGAGUUCAGUCAUUCCCUAACGAUGGGAUGGGAAAUGCUCCAAUAUACUCUCCGCGUUGUUGAUCAUAUCCAGGAAAAGGGCUUUACAAAUUCUGGGGUAAUCAAGCAACUGUUCAUCGACAAUUGGCUGUCAUUGUUCGAGAUGACCUCAAUUGUUCGGGAGAAUCCGUCAACAGAUGAGGACUUCCGAGGGACUCCCGAGGGUACACCAGUGGAAGGCAAGAAAAAGCAAUCCACAUUUGAUCGAGGGAGCUGA